AUGGGUCUAGUAAAAGUCGUGAAGAACAAGGCUUACUUCAAGCGGUAUCAGGUGAAGUUAAAGCGAAGACGACAAGGAAAGACCGACUAUUAUGCUAGGAAGAGGCUUACUGUACAGGACAAGAACAAGUACAACACGCCUAAGUACCGUCUGAUUGUGCGAUUCACAAACAAGGAUGUGAUUGCCCAGAUCGCGUACUCAAAGAUCGAGGGAGACGUCAUUGUCGCUUCGGCGUACUCACACGAGCUUCCAUCGUUCGGCAUCAAGGUUGGUCUCACCAAUUACGCUGCUGCUUACGCCACAGGCUUGUUGCUGGCGCGUCGUCACUUGAAGAACCUUCAACUGGACCAGACUUUUAAAGGCCAAGAGGAGGUCAACGGUGAGUUCUACACCGUUGAGAAUGAGGGAGGUCGCAACCCAUUCAAAGCUGUUCUCGACGUUGGACUGGCUCGCACCACAACUGGAUGCAAAGUCUUCGCCGUCAUGAAGGGAGUUGCUGAUGGCGGAAUUGAGGUUCCUCACAGUGAGAAUCGAUUCUUUGGCUACGAUUCUGAGUCCAAGAAAUACGAUGCUGAGGCGCACCGUGACCGUAUCUUCGGAAAGCACGUCGCCGAAUACAUGCGUACUCUCCAGGAGGAAGACGAAGAUUCCUACAAGAGACAGUUCUCUCAGUUCAUCGCCAAUGGCAUUACUGCUGACAACCUAGAAGAGAUGUACAAGAAGGGACAUGAAGCCAUCCGCGCCAGUCCAGAUGCACGGCCGAAACCAGCUAAGAAGGCGGGAGAGCAGAAGAGAUUCACGGCAAAAAAGAUCACCUUGGAGAAGAGGAGGGAGCGUAUCGCCGAGAAGAAGGCUCUUUUGCUUCAGCUGAAAGCGCAGAGGAAGCGAUGU